AGUGAUCACCGUAGCAUGAUCUUUCCAGGAUUGCUUGUGUAAAAUUAGUGUCUGAAAAAGGGUGUAAACAUUCGAACGGAGGUUUGAAAAAUUGAGCAGGAAAUCGGGCUCGGUACGAGUCACGUGGUGUGGGACAUUGGUCUAUUUCAGUUUCCAUUAUGUUGUUGUCGUCGUGAGAAGUGUGUGUAAAAGUCGCCAACAGCUUGCAUCGUCUGAACGCGAUUAAGGUUCAUCGCACCGUGUCGAUUGUGUUGUAAUUUUGAGAUCGUUGGUGUCUCAAUGUUGGCCACGUUUGUAUGUUUUCUACUCCGGUGUCGUUGAGGCUAUGGUGUAUGGCUGCGAUGGCACCCGCGCUCACUGAAGCGACGGCACAGCCUCGCAGUUUUAAACUCCCGCCAACUACUCCAACUACGACGGACCACGAGGGAGCACAAGCUAGCAGUCACGACAGCCCCGAUUCAGGCCACUCAGUGGAUCAUCUGACGUCGCCGUUGCAUUCUCAAAGUUUGGUAAAUCGUCGCCAGUUUAUUCAACAAAACGGCAACAGUCAUCACCACCCCUCCACAACACCACGUGUGACCUCGAGGACAUUGUGUACAAACUUUGACCCACAGAAACUGAGGAAAAAUCUGAUGGGUGAAACCUUCAAAUCGACCAUUCAAUUAGUGAAUGGCAAUUCUAAUUCUCAUUUUUCGAAUACGAUGAAUAAUAAUUCUUCUAAAACUAAUACAGGAACAGUUUGUUCUACAGCAAAGUUCAACAACCUGACCUCUUUACCUUUGUCAACAAUGUCUCCUCAGACUCCAACAACAGGAACACCCACACCCUCGCAAGAGUCACUUGCAAGCCCAGGACCCACAACCACUGAUGUGGAAACUAUAGAUCGUAAUGAUUUUUCUGAUGAGGCAUCUGUUGAUGUAAAUGAAGAUACAAUUCAUACUGCUAGUGAUGAUACUACACUCACUGCAUUGUCUCUUGGUAUCUCUGAAACUGAUGAAGAAGAUGUGGAAGAUGAGAUGAACACAAACCAAAACAACAACCCAACCGAAGUGUUCGAUUCUAGUGUUAUCUCAGGUAAAUCAACAGACUCGUCAAAGAAGCAACAGCAUCUACAGAAACGAGCGUCAUUAUUGCUGAAGCGUCUUCGGCGUUUACAAUAUAAGCAGGUGGAUGGUCACCUGCAACAGCAGUUGGGGGGUCUCCUUGAACAACAAAAUCAACAUAUAUUAGCAGCAAAAGAAAUGAUUAAAACUGGCAGUAAUGUCGAUUCUAUUGAUUCGACCAGUACCUUUGACUCGACCACACCAACUUUGCUUGGAUUAGUCCAGCAGUUGGACAAAGAUAACACUGCCCUAACAAACUCCACACUAUCUAAAAAGUUACCAAACAGAACUACUAGCUCACACUGCUCACUGUCAAGCCCAAAUAAGAAAUUUAGAAGAGAGGUGAGGGACACGUCAAAUCUUCUGAAAGCCGGAGUGAAACACUUACAAAUGGAAAUUGAUUCUGAUGCUACAGAGGGUAGUUCUGGAGAGAGCUGUGACGAAGAGGAAGUUGUUUCGGACAACAAAAGCCAUACUCAUGUACCAGUCCAUAGAAGAGCACUAUGGAAGUGGGCCAUGGACAGAGCAUCAGUGGCAUGUAGAUGGACAUGGCUUCAGGCCCAAGUUUCUGAUUUGGAGUAUCGCAUUAGACAACAGACUGAUAUCUAUAGGCAGAUACGAGCUACAAAAGGAGUGAUAUCACUUGGAGAACAGUCUCCACCUGAAGAUCUUAUGAAACUUAGAACUAGUCGACUUGUUGGCAGAAAGUUGUCACCGAUAGAAGCAAAGAUAGCUAAAUUGGAAAGUCGAAAUGACAUGUCACCGUCCAACUUGUCUACAUUAAUGAGUAACGUUGACAAGCAGACUGCCAAAAUUAAUCAGUCUCUUCAGAACUUCUAUUCACCGGUGCAGAAGGGUUUGCCUCGAUCACCAUUAGUUAACACGACAGUACAAGGGAAAUUACAGUCACCGGCACCCAUGAAUGGAUUUGUGGAUAACACAGCCUCCCAUGGAAAUCAAUUAUUGAACGACAGUCAGGAUUCACAGGAUAGCAAUUGCAUGGAUUCGGCGAGUAAACGUUUGCGUUUGGAACCCGACAGAUCAAGUCCUGCAACAGUGUCUGAUUGUGGUUCAACUGCAGCAAGGACGAGACCAAUACGAAAUUUUAGAAAACGUAAGCUUCUGCGCUCACUUGGACUCCACCAAGUGAGUCGGAAAGCCCAAAAAUUAUCUUCAGUGCGGUGUGGAUGUUGCGUGCCUGUUACACCGUGCGUUAUGUGCAGUGGAAGAUACAAUAAUACACAGACUUCAGAUCCAGAUGUUAUGCCUCUCAGUGAAAAAGUUUCUUUAUUAGACUAUUCUUUUCAUCCGGUUCUCUCAUUCCCUCAAGAUAUUCCACUUGCCGUACAUUACGAAGGCCUUCUGAAGAGUGGAAAAUGGCAAAACAGACAGCCAACAAAAUCGCCGCUAAAAAAAAAAUCACAUCUCAACCACAGCCAGCAGGUGAGGAAAGCAAGCCAGAAGUUAGCAAAGAGUGCAGCAGCAGCUUUACUCUCAUCAGCCAAGAUGAGAAGUCGAACAGAUAUGAAACUUCUCUCCAGAUCGCACUCUCUCCCAUCCUCAGUACCAAAUACACCUAAAAAUGCUGGAUCUGAUUCACGGCUUUGUCGAACUGAUGUAAAGAAACGACGAGCAGCACAACUUGCAAUGAGCAAAUUUGCCAUGAAGAAAAAUCGUAAUAGAGCCCUGUCACUGCCAAGCAAUCUAAACAACAGACCACCAUCAUCACUGAGUACACCCAUCAACUCUAUUGCAUCCAAGGACCCUAACCUGGCAUUGUCAGCAUCCAUGCCUGGCAGCUCAUUGCAAGCAUACCUUAAAAAGAGACGUGGUGAAAGUGCAUUUGAUAUUAAUAACAUUGUCAUCCCAUACUCAAUGGCUUCAUCCACCAGAGUUGAAAAACUUAAGUAUAAAGAAAUUCUUACGCCAAAGUGGAGGAUUAUUGAUGGAGAUGGUGAGCUGGCAGCGGAAUCGAAAGAUGUAGGAUGUGGGGCGAGUGAUGAUGAGGAUGAAGAGAUUGAGGACCUGAGUGAUGAACUGCUAACAGAGCGCCAUGCCAUUUGUGAAGUUGCUGAACGUAAACGAUAUCUUGGCUAUGUUGACAAAAACAAACGUGGCUCACGAGGCUCGCGCACCAACAGUGGCAGUGGUACACCAGAGCCCUGUUCACCAGAUAUUGGUCUUACAGAGAAUAAUUCACUGUCUUGUGGAUUACUUCCGAGUCGUGCAGACACAACACCAUCACCAUCACCACUGAACACUCCACAUGAGAGCAAACUGGCUCCUCCAGAAUCUGUACGACAUAGGACGUUCUCCACAUCCUCUGAAAAAUCAAAUAUUGACAGAUCGUGUUCUUCAAAAAGCUUGGAAAUGCUUAAUGAUGACAGUGAAGAUGGUUUUACAGUUAUUGUACCACCAUGGACAGAAAGGAAGUUUCCAUUGUCAGAUGCUGAACUUGCUGCAUUGGAAGGGAGCUCCCCACCACCGUCACCAAAAAUUAAACAAGAGGUUAUAUCAGCUGACAUUGCUGAAUCGGAAACCUCGUCUGAAGCAAGCACACCUGUGCUAAUAGCUCCUGUUCAGAAAAACAGUCGUCCAACCACACCGGAUUUUGACGAGGAUGAAUCGACCGACGAAGACGUUGAGGACCUGAAUGACCCAGAGUGGACUGUCAUCAAACCGGACACUCAGAAAAAGGCAAUUGUGUUGAAAUUAGCUAAGAGGUGAACUUACGCAGUAGUUUUUAUACUGUAGUAGUGUAUAUACAGUGGAAUUACAAAGUUGUACAAAAAGAAUUGUA